AUGCGUAUUAAGAAGGUCAUACCGGCUGAAAGCGGGUAUUCUAGACUCAAACGGAAAAUAAGAAGUGAUGCAGUAGUACGAUCUCAAUUAGGAGCGCUCGAUAAAUUUGUUGUUAAGAAGGCACGCAAUUUAGUUGGAAGCUCAUCUGCCGAAAACGAAGGGGCUCAUGAUGUAGGUAAUGAGAAUGUUAUAGAUGAAACUGUAGAUGUCUGUGAUGAUGUAAACCAUAUGGAUUUAAGGGAUAUUUUAGUGGAGAAUGAUCCGUAUAGAAACUACUUGUUGAAUAAAGGUCCUAGAAACAAGCAUCGUAGACGUUUUCGUUCAACAUUUUACGAUCGAUAUUUGACGAAUGGUGAAAUAGAAGAUAGAAAAUGGUUGGUGUAUUCAGAGGAGUUGGACAAAAUCUUUUGUUUCUGUUGCAAGUUAUUCAAGAAAGGUCCUCAUCAAAGUGGGUUGGUAAAUGAAGAAUAUGAUGACUGGGGACAUGCUCAUGUUGCACUCAGUAAACAUGAAAUUACUAGAGAGCAUUGGGAUAAUAUGGAAGCUUGGUACCAGUUAUGUGUAAGGUUGGGAUCAAACAAAACAAUAGAUAAACACGUUCAAGAAAGGAUUAAAAUUGAGAAAGAACAUUGGCAGAAUGUAUUACAGCAGAUAAUUUCUGUUGUGAAAUGUCUUGCUAAACAUACUUUGGCUUUUCGUGGACGAAUGAGAAGAUUUAUCAAAGUAAUAAUGGAAAUUUCUUAG